UAUUCGGAAGCUGCAGCGCACGGAGCGAAACACGGACAGACAGACAGACGGACAGAAUUGCGAACAGCGAGCGAGCGAGCGAGCGAGCGUGUGUAUUUUGAAACUCGUGUUCUCCGUGUACAGCGAAGCAAAACAAAAAAAAAACAAAAAACCGGUGCCGAAUUCGUACCUGCCCAACCCUGCCAACAGUGUGCGCAAGAAUAACCCUUCCCGAACCACUCCAAACAUGAAACUGUUAGCCGUGGUACUGCUGGUGCUCGGAGUUACCCUCUGCUGGGGUAAACCUGCCCCGCAAGAAGCGAUGCCCGAGGAGAUGGUAGCUGCUGCUGCUGCUGCUGCAGCUGAUGCUGCCCCAGUGGAGGCCGUUUCUACCGCAGCCGAAGCAGAACCUACGACCACUACCAGCGUCUCAACCACCACCACCACCACCACCACCACCGUUCAGCCGGUGACGUCUGCCGACACUACGUCUGCCUCGUCCACUUCCGCGUCGAUGGACGUGGAGCCGGCGGCGGCGGCGGCGACGACUGUGGCAGCAGAUCCCGAGUCAUCCACCACCGGCCAGGCAGUGUCCGAGUCGUCUUCCACCACCCAAGCCACCCCGGCCGUCUCCGAGUCGUCCGCAUCCUCCACCAGCGGACCGGCGGCGGUGGCCGUAAGCGAGGAACCCGCCCCGACGACGCUGGAACCGGCCGAAGCCAACACGGAACCGGCGGAGCAGACGACGGUGGCCGACACUGCCGCGGCCGCUAGCAGCGAGGCUACCAGCAGCGUUGCAUCCUCCAGUGUCUCCGCCACUACGCUGGCCGAGAUGAGUGAUGUGACGACGGCAAGCGCCACGACCACAACGACCACUGCCGCUGCCAGCACCUCAACCGAGCCUGCAGCCUCUACCACCACCACUACCGUAGCAGCGACGGCUGAAGUUACUACCACCACCACCACGACCACCACCAGCACUACAACAACCGCCGCCUCCACGGAGGUUGAUGCAUCGAACGACUCCUCGUCGGGCUCCACGGAGAGUUCCUAAAGCUUAAGCUUGAUGUGUGCUAGAUGUUGUAGACAGAUACUUGGGAGAGGAAGCCAGAGGAGAGAGAUUUAACUUUUUUUUUAAAUACAAAAGACAUCCCCCCACACAAAUUCCCAUCAACAACAAUAACAGGUCAGAGAUAUCAACCACAUUUUUUUGGGCAGACGCCGCCGAUACACUUUUACAGACGUACACAGUGGAGACAGUGUGGCUAGAGGCGCGGACGCGAUUCUUUUCCGCAGCGUGUGCCGCAGCUAACGGAACCGGAGGCACACGGUGCGCGGUGUCCAGAACUGUAGAUUGUAACAUAUACGCCUAGCAUUUAGCGACGAUUAGUAUACCUACUAGCAAGUAAUGAGGCGCAAGCGCACGUUACGCGGAAGCGCGCACUGACUGUUGUGCGAGAAGCGGCAAUGGGUUGCGAGCGUCGCGCGCGUUUUCGGAAAUAAAGUCUGUCUGAAAACUCAGAAAACUCGA